CCGGCAGACAGAAAUAUCCGGGACGAGCUACGCUCGUAACCAACAAACUUUCGUAACAACGCUGCGGGACAAACUAGACGAGUAGCCUUUCGAGCGCAAAUAUGUUACUCUCAUCUUUGCGGACAACAGUGUUGUGCGGCUGCAGAAGCGUUGGAAAGGGUUUUCAACAUAGCGGCCUGCAGCGGACUCCGCAUCUCCGACAAUGGCUCGUAAAGAGAGGUCAAAGCACAGUCACAGUGGAGGCUGGAGCGACAUCUGCUCCUGCAGCUGCUACUGUCCCCAAUGCAGCAACAAAUCGCAUUUUGGGUCGCUGGUUGCUUGGAUGCAGUGGGCUUGUGGUUGGAGCUGUUGUCCUGGGAGGUGUUACAAGGCUGACAGAAUCAGGGCUUUCCAUGGUUGACUGGCACCUGGUGAGAGAGAUGAAGCCACCGCAGUCACAGGCCGAGUGGGAGGCUGAGUUUUCAAAGUACCAACAGUUCCCAGAAUUUAAAAUAAUGAACCAUGACAUGACCCUCUCAGAGUUUAAGUUCAUUUUCUACAUGGAGUGGGGACAUCGAAUGUGGGGCAGGCUGGUUGGGCUGGCCUACAUCCUCCCCACCAUAUACUUCUGGAGGAAAGGAUACUUCACUCGCUCCAUGAAGGGAAAAGUCCUCGGCCUCUGUGGAUUUGUCUUCUUUCAGGGCCUCCUGGGAUGGUACAUGGUUAAAAGUGGGCUGGAGGAAAAGCCGGAGUCGUAUGACAUCCCUCGGGUCAGCCAGUAUCGUCUGAGCGCUCACCUUGGCUCUGCACUGCUGCUCUACUGUGCAAGUCUCUGGACUGGACUCACUUUGUUGCGGCCAGCACAUAAGCUUGCAGAAACCAGACAACUCAUGCAGCUCAGGAGGUUUGCAAAGGGUACUGGCGCCCUUGUCUUCCUCACUGCUCUUUCAGGUGCUUUUGUUGCUGGUUUGGAUGCCGGGCUGGUUUACAACUCCUUCCCGAAGAUGGGAGAAAGAUGGAUUCCCGAUGACCUGCUGGCCUUCUCUCCCACCCUCAAGAACUUUUUUGAAAACCCCACAACUGUGCAGUUUGAUCACAGAAUUCUGGCGAUCAGUUCACUGACAGCAAUUACGGGCCUUUAUAUGUUCUCACGGCGGAUGGUGCUACCGAGGAGGGCAAAGAUUGCCAUCAGUCUCCUGGCAGCAAUGGCCUACACACAGGUUGCCCUGGGAAUCAGCACCCUGUUAUUGUACGUUCCCACUCCGCUCGCAGCUACCCACCAGUCUGGCUCCGUCGCUCUUCUCACGCUGGCCAUUUGGGUCCUGGCAGAACUCCGCAAAUUGCCCAAGUAAAAGCCAGCUCCGGCUUAUGGACAAAUGCAAUCCUGGGUAGCAGCACGUCGAGCUAAUAAGAGUCAGCUGUGUCAUUUUGAUCAAGGCAUUCAGAGAACAAGGCGAAAAUCUGAGGAAUGGACAUGUACGUUGGUGCCGAGUGCCGCAGAGUUAUCCUCAUUCGACGACAGUUUUAUUCUGAUUUCAAAGCAGGUGUGGUUUUUCCAUGAUGGACUGAUUGACACAUUAUGUGAGGUACUUUGCUCCGAGUUUAAGAAAGACAUGCAAAAAGGAGUUGUGCGUCCGCCACAACAUGACCACUGAUGGGUUUUACUGAGUUUGCAGGCAGCUGCAGGUUUAUCUUGAUUACGCCGUUUCGAAUGAAAACUUCCUUGCCUUGUUUAUGCAUAAACUGCCUUUUAGUAGAAUCAGAUCGAGCUGCUGGGAUUAUAUGUAAAAUUGUGUAUAUGUAAGUUAUAAACUGCUGACAUGAUGGACUGAAAGGUUAAAUAUAAAGUAUUGAUCGUUGACUUGUACAUUCUUCCUGCUCAGAGUUGUCUUAUUUUAUUAAAUACAUGUACAGUCACACUCAGGUCCAUUUUGCAUAGUAACUGUGAUUUUUAUUGUCUCUGUACAAAAUAUACACAUUUGGAAUAUUUAAUGCAACCAGUUGAGGCUAGCUUACUAGACAGUCAGUACAACAAGUUAGUAGGUUUUCAUUUUCUAGACACAGUACAUGCGGGUAUAGACAGGUCUUAUUGGUGAAAUUAAAAACUGUUGGCAGGAACAAUCAGAGCUAAAUCACUUUUCAUCCCAGGAAAAAAAAAACAAAAAUAAAAACUUUGAAACAAAGCAAAA